AUGUCUGAAGUCCAUGGAGAUGCAGAGCUCGUUCCAGCGGGCCCUGAUAUUGAUUAUCCGCUCGCUCUUGCUCCGCGACAGGUGACUUUACGAGACCGGGUUACAGUCGCAACCCUAGUCCCUUUCGCCUCACCAGAAAAGGUACCCCGAGGGUUGAUGAAGUAUCUCUCUGAUCAGUUCAACAAAGAAAUUGAAGAAGGAGAUACCUAUGCCAUGACCGAACCUAUUCCAUUGGCACAGUUUGGAAGGUAUUGGUUCUCCAACUUCGGUGUUGUCAUGCUUCUUGGAGACAUCGAGAGCGCAGAGCAAACCCAUUCUAUGGAACGGGCUGGCGCAAACUGGACCAAGAUCUGUCUAGGCGGCUUUCAUAUUCGACCCAACUACCCUGGCCGGAGUAGUCAUGUCUGCAACGGCACAUUCAUUGUCACUGGUGCUGCACGAAACAAAGGUGUAGGUAGACUGAUGGGCGAAUCAUACCUGGAAUGGGCACCGCGUCUUGGCUACACAUAUGCAGUCUUCAAUUUGGUCUAUGAGUCCAAUGUUGCCUCAUGUCGCUUAUGGGAUUCGCUUGGCUUCAAACGAAUUGGUCGAGUGCCUGGCGGAGGCCAGCUCAAAUCCCAACCGGGAGAAUUUGUUGAUGCGAUCAUCUACGGCAGAGGUCUCAGCCUGGAUGGCGAAGAUUCUGUGUCACAAGAUCGCUUUGAGAAGAUCCGUUUUUAUCUAAAACACGGCAAGUACCCCCAUGGGGCUGACCGUGCUGAGAAGAGUCGGCUUCGAAGUGCGGCGACUCACUAUAAGUUGCUUAGCGGUGAGGAUGGCGAGCUUGAAAGAUUGAUGUUGAAAGAUAAGGAGGUGGUAUCCGACCCGCAGCAACAGUACGAUAUUGCUCAGGAGGUCCAUCUCAAGCAACAUGCCGGAAUCAACAAAACUACAGCAGCUAUUGCCACAAAGUUCCACUGGGUACGAAUUAAAGAAACUGUCAACCGCGUGAUUCGCGACUGUCCACAAUGCAAGGAAACCCUCAAGGCACCCCCAAUCCCAGGGAGCAAAGAAGAAGAUCGCUCACCCUCGGAACCAAUGUCUGGCAUGGAAAUGGACAGUGCCAUGGAACAGCCUCAAAAAGAAGAGGAGCCGGUCCAUAUCCCUCAGGAGAUGGACCAAGCACCGGACCAAGCACCCAGUUACAACCCCCUUAUGCACCAGCCUGUCUCUACUGCUGUUCCCGAAACCGUCCACUCCAUGGCAGGAUUCCCGCCUAUGCCCCUGGAUCCUCAAAUAAUGCAUAUACAUCAGCAACUCCGACGCUAUCAGCAACAAAACCCCAUGGGCCAUUAUCCUCAGGGGGCCCACAAUGUCGAUAUGUCAAACUUUGACGAUGCAAUGCGCUAUCAUACAGCCAACAAUGCUUAUCAGCUGAUGGUUGGCGAAGCACCGGAUUUGUUUCCACAAGACAUGCUUGGCAUGGUGAACCCGCAAGCACACGACUUGCAGCAUGAUCCUGAAUUACUCAACAAGUUCGAGUAUGGAAGUCCAUCGGAUGGGAAUUACGACUUUACGUGA